ACUAGACAGUGAAGCACUUGAAAACAGAUGUCGUUGAGAGGUCUUACUAUGAUAAAGGGACUUCCAGUCUCCCAAACCAGAGGGUUCAUGACAUCUUGCAUAAGAUUGAACCAAGCUGCCGCCGAACAACCACAACCGCAACAACAAGAACAGGGUCCCCGUAAAUCAUUUAGAGACCAAUACAAGAAAGUGCAAACUCCAAAAUUGGAUUUGUCAAAAGCACGAGAAUUUGAAAGAUUGAGAGUUGUUCCUGCUUAUCCUGCAUUUUAUGGUGGUAAUCCUAUACACGAUGCCAAUAUCGUCAAGUUGAAAGAAGUAUUGGCCAAAGUGAGCAGCAUACCUACUCGUAGAGUACCUCAUGACGAAAUACAGAAUGAAAGAUUCAUUUCCUUUGACACCUAUGCCGAGAGAUGUAAUUCCGGAACAAGAGUCAGAAGACGUGAUUUUGAUGAAGUUCUUGAACUUUUGAACAGAUUGAGAAGUAUCGAUUUACAAUUAAUGCCCCAAUUAGUCAUUGAAACUUUGAAUGAAUACCGUGUUGACAGUCUCCGUGCAUUAUUAAGCCAAAGUCAAAGAAGAAGAAAAGAGUUGGAUGAAUUUGGUAGAGCUUUUGGUAAAGCCAAGAGAAAGAAUUCCAGAGCUCAAGUUUACGUUGUCAAAGGUGAAGGUUCCAUCCUCGUUAACGGUAAAUCUUUGAAUGAGUACUUUAGUAGUGAAGUUGAGCGUGAAAAGAUUGUAUACCCAUUCCAAGUUAUUGAACAAAUGGCCAAAUACAACGUAUUUGCCAAAGUUAGUGGUGGUGGUGUUACUGGACAAUCUGAAUCUAUCAUGUACGCUAUUUCCAAGGCAUUAAUUGUUUUCAACCCAUUGUUGAAGAGUAGAUUAUCCAAGGCUGGAUUAAUGACCAGUGAUUCUAGAGUUGUUGAAAGAAAGAAACCAGGUAAGGUCAAGUCUAGAAAGUCCCCAACCUGGGUCAAACGUUAGAUGUCUAUAUUCUAUUGUAUAUUUACAACUUAUUAUAUCAUGUACAUAUUUAAUAAAAAGGCUUAAUCACAAAUAGUGUUCAAGUAUAAUAACACUGACUCUAAUUCUCCCUUUUCAUAUUUAGGAAUCUUACCUUGGAAUGAAGCACCUUUUCCUCCACCUUUCAAUUGUGUCAAUCUUUGUUUCAAUUCUGAUUGGAUUUCUUCGGCCUUUGGCCCCAUGACCUUGACCAUACCACCAGUACCUGAAGGGUAGUCACCAUUAAUCAAAACAAGAGUCUGCUUAGAACUCAAAUCAACAUUUAAACCUUUGCUGUUGUUGAUUAAAGUAGAAAUUUCUUUUUGAACCGAGGUUAAAUAUUCAGGAUUGUUAUCAGCACGGUAUACAUAACCAACUGACUGUUCGUCCUUUUGGAACUUGGUAAAAAGUCUUGCAGCUUCCAUACCAGCAAUUUCCUUGAGUAAACCAGAUACAGUUGAGUUUGCCUUACGGUAGUUUUUGUUUAAUUGUGCGACCUUAUCGACAACUUCUUCAAUUUGGCAAGAUAAUUGGCUUCCAGACACAUCUUUCAAUAUCUCGUGCUCUUUUCUUAAGUAGUUUGAAACUCUGUUCCCACAAGUAAAAUACAAACGAGAAUGGCCACCUCUUACACUAACUUGAUGCAAAAGAGCAAUAGAUUGAAUUUGGCCAGUUGAAGUCAAGUGCGUACCACAACAAGGAUUAGCAUCCAAUUCACCAAUCUUAACAAUACGAAUAAUACCCUUGGACAAAUCAUAGUCGUCUGGUAAAUGACUGACAUCGACUUCAUGACCGUGUUGAUCAGGAGUAACAACUUUGAUCUCGUGAUUUUCCAAGAUUAACUCGUUGACUUUGGUGUUAACUUCAGCUACAAUUUCUUCCGAUACUUUUUCUGGUAAUUCAAUAUAAUUUAUAACAUCACCCAUGGACCAACUCAAGGUUUCAAGAUUGUAGGUGUCAAAUACAGCAGAAAGUAAGUGUUGGCCGGUGUGUUGCUGCAUGAUAUCGAUUCUUCUGUUCCAGUCCACCUUCAAUGUAACUUCGGUUCCUGGUUCAAUCAAUUCAUUAGUAAUAUGAAUAGCCUUUAACUUGUCACGAAUAACAGAUUUGACAGUGAUUUCCUUAUUGUCCGGUAAAGUUAUGGUUCCCUUAUCGAAAGGUUGACCACCACCUUCAGGGAACAAAAUCGUGUCCUUUAACUCAACUCCAUACUCGGUCUGUUUGACUUCUGGUGAGGAUGAUUUCUUAUUCUUGUUUUGCUUGUCUCUUGGAGUUGGUGGAGGAACAAACUCAAAACUGGAGACUACGGUGGUGUUGAAUACUUUUAAGAAUGAAUUCUUCUGACAGGCUAAUGCCCCAACAAUCGCAGUUGUCAUGGUGUUAUAUUAUUACAAAGCAAGAGUUCACUA